AUUUGUACUUCCAACGACUGGAUGUAACCUCUAACCAUUACAUGUCUGGCAAACAACAUGGCGAGUUCAGAGUGGGAAGAAGUAAAACGUCUUGCAGCAGAUUUUCAAAGAGCACAGCUUAGUAGCACAGCUGCGAAGUUGUCUGAAAGAAACUGCAUUGAAAUUGUUACCAAACUUAUUGAAAGCAAAUCUCUAGAUGUUAUUUAUACAAACGAUGGGAAAGAAUAUCUGACUCCAUCACAGCUAUCAAAGGAAAUAAGUGAUGAAUUAAUUGUUCAUGGUGGAAGAAUAAACCUUGUUGAUCUGCAACAGAUUAUCAAUGUGGACCUCACCCACGUGGAACUUAAAGCAAAUGAACUGGUGAAAAAUGACCGCAAUCUUAACCUCAUUCUAGGGCAGCUCGUUAACACAGAGUACCUUGAGAGAUUAGCUGAGGAAAUCAAUGAUUUACUUCAGGAAAGUGGACAGGUCUCAAUUGCGGAACUUGCCAAGACUUAUGAUUUACCUGGAGAAUACCUAACAGAGCUAGUGGAAAGCGAGCUGGGUCGUAGGAUUAAUGGACAAAUGGAUGCUUACGACCGAGGUGUUGUCUUCACUUCCGCAUUUGUUGCCAAACACAGUUCUCAGAUAUGUGGUGUCUUUAGCGCUGUUACAAGGCCAGUUCAAGUUCAUAAUGUACUCACUGAAUUUGGUUUUCAAGAGAAAUUAUUUUAUACUGUUUUAAAUGAGUUGAUAAAAAAGGGCCGGCUCCGAGGUUCCUUUGUUGGCGGCAAACAAGACAAGGCAACUUACGUUCCUGAUAUGUAUUCCAAGACACAGAAUAACUGGAUCGAUGCAUUCUAUAAACAAAAUGGUUACUUUGAGUAUGACACUUUAUCAAGGCUAGGCCUAACUGACGCUAAAGGCUAUAUAAAAACAAGGUUCAAGUCAGAAAACCUACUCUUCCUGUCCUCGAGUUGUGCUGGGUCAGGAAUCCUAGACCAAGUACAGGCUAGCAUUGAAGAAGCAUUGGACACUGGAACAUGGAUAGAUGUUGAACCAUUACUACCAUCAUGUUUUAGCCCAACAGAUACCAACCAAAUAGUGAACCAAGUACUGAAGUCAAAGUCAGGAGCUAAGGUGUUUUGUAACAGUAUUGUUGCUAGUGAUAGGUUCAUUGGAGAUUGCAAAGAAUUGUUCCAAAAACCUAUGCUGGAUAGAGCAAAUACGACUGCAAAAAAGUCACCAAACAUAUUUCUGCAAGUUGAUAGGAAAGCACUUGGAUCUGGAGAGAAUGAAGGGAAAAGGGACAAGAAAGAGGAUAAGAGGAGAAAAGUUGGUGGUGGAGGAGGUGGUGGAGGGUCCAAGGGUGGGAUGGGAGGAAGAGAAGUGAAAAUAAGAAAGGUAAAGAAGCAUUACAGAGUAAAAGAAGUGGAAGAAGAAGAGGAUGAUUUGUCUGGAGGAUUACGGCCAACUGAGAUACCCUUCAUGACAGUGGAGCAGGUUAAAAAUCUCCUUCACGAUCAAAGCAGUUUAUCAGAAUGUCCUGAAGAAUUCAUUGAAGAGUUGUCUCAACACCUGCACAGACCAUUAACAACAGAAUACCAAGACGCUCUAAAGGCAGCAAUUGGCUCACUAUCGGGCUCUACGGACAGCACUUCCCGACGGAAAAAUCACGAAGAAAUGCAGGAGAAAAUCAAUGGCUUGCUUACUAGUGUUAAAAUGUUUGAAAAGAAUAUUACUAUUUUUGAAGAUGAACUAAGGAACCAUUUAGUUAAGUAUCUAUUACGAACGUUGUGUACAGAGAUUGCAAAUCUACUCUUUAGCUACGUUGCAGCGGAGAACAGUCUGGUGAAUGUAGAACACAAUGAUGUUACACCUGAAGUAAGGUUAAAAAUUCUCACCAAGCUUCCUGAUAAAGUAAAGCCACAAUUCACAAAACUCAAUGCAUCUCUUAAUGAUAAGAGCCUUGAUGAUUUUUCAAAGAGUCUGGAGUCAGCUGCGGAUGUCUGUGAUGUAAUGUUGAAAAAGGUAGACAAGAAGAAAGAAAGGAACAUUAUAUUCAAUCAUAAACAAGCAUUAAUAGCGCAGUUGAAAGAGGAAUCGGAUCCUGCAAUGGCCCUGCAUCUUGCAGUUGUCCUUCUCAUUCAAAACACGAACAACACCUGUGUCCAUGCACCCGGAAGAUGUAUACCACAGUUGCUAGUGUUCCUAGAGUCGCACAUUGCUGCCAGCCAAUAUAAAUUGCUGUCUGAUUACAUGGGUCUUGUGCAGAAGCAGCUGGGUGCCUUGAAAAAGACAACUGAGGAAAGCCACGUGGAAGAUGGUAGUGAGAAGACAGAUUCACAGAAGGAUGCUGGAGAGGUUGCAACCUCUUUGAUAGAACUCCUGCCACAAAUUAAAGAGAUUGCUCUUGCAAAGAAGACCUCGACUGCUGAGUCUGCUAAGCCAGAUGGGUGAUGUCUAUUCUAAAUAAUGGUUAAUUAUAAUUAUGGUGCAGGCAUGUAACUAGAGGUGGUGGGGUUUCGGGGUGGAAUAAGAGAAGAUCUAUGGUUUGGCCGAAGUUUGUCUUUGAGCAAAGACCCUUGUGCAUAAAUCAAACAUCCUCUCCCAUUGCAUCAAGUACCAUCGAAAUUAUAAUGAAAUGCCCCAUCUGCAUGUUAAAUUGUUUCAGCUCCAUGGGGAUUUUCCAUAGCUCUUCCUUGAGGCCUUAGAAGGGUGUUUAUCCACUCACAAAUGGCUCUUACGUGUUCCUCCUUAAGGAAUCAGGGGUCCCAAGUUGGAGAAGUCAUUCCCGGGAGAUCUGCAGUGGCAGCUCGAAGGGUGGGGGAAGAGAGGGACUUAUACAGAUGGAGGGUCUAGAGCACGUCAGCCCCAAUAUGGUUGGUGCUCAUGGUAAGAAAAUUUAUGAUUAUAUCACCUCAAAAAAUAGCCGGAAAUAGCCCUCUCAGAAUUUGAAUAAUAUUUUCUUUUUUUUUUCUACCCCAGUUUUUCAUAAUUUUAAAAUAUUUAGGGGCAAGGGGCGGUUCCCCCUCCCUUGAAUCUGCCACUGAUCUGGUUAAUGAGCUUUCUUAACACAUUUAAUUUAAUUUGGCUCCACAGUGAUACCCAUCGGCUCUGACUUCCAUGAGAAAAUUGAUAAUAAAGCAGUGAAAACAUGCAAAAAUUAUGAAUUUGCAGAAAUGGGUUAAAAUUCCAGGAAGAUACUUGCUGGCCUGCAGGAGUGCGGGAGGCCGUCCCGAUUUCCGAGAGACUUGGGACCCCUGAGGAAUUCUGGUUAUGGGCCUGUAGGGACAGGAUUUAUGAAACAUCAUUGAUAUAUUUUUCCAUCAUCAUAUCUUCAAAAUUUUAGAUUGUUUAUUUUAAAUUUAUGCUUUUUAAAAUAUAAUUUGUUUUUAAUUAAUUAUAUUAUCAAAUUUGAUUCAAGAAUGAAUAUUUCCGCACUAAUAAUAAAUAAAGUAAGCCACGUCAUGGUGUGCUAUAUAAAUAUAUAAUUAUUUUAUAUAAAGUUUUAAACAAAUAGUUGAGUAGCUCAGCUAAACAGCAUGUAUGCAUAGCUCUACAGUAGGCGUACAAUUCACCUAUCUAGUCCGAAUGGUAACACCAUGAAUUUUGCACCAAAAUCCCAUUCGAGUUUCAUAGCAGAAAUCUGAUUCAAAUUACUCUUAUUCAUUAUGAUUGAACUGACAAGAAUAGGUUUUUCUUCUGUACAAUAUAGACAUUAAACUAAGAAAUAUUAUAAUUUAUAAGUGAGGUUGUUUAUUUAGUUUAUUUGUGAUGCCUGUAUGUAGACUGGGUUCCAGUCACUAAUAUUUGUCUUUAAAUCUAUUUUGACACCAA